GCCGUCCCCAUCCUAAGCCCGUGUCGAGUCCAGCAACCAUGGAGGACGAAGAAGCUGAGCUCCGCAACCCCUUCCCCUCACCGCCGUCCCACUACACCCGCUACACCUCCCACAACCUGAAUCUCCUGGCCCUCCUCAAGGAACGCGCCAUGGCCGACGACCUCGCGCAAGUCAACCAGCACGCGCUCCUGUCCGACCAGCCCGACGUCCCCGACUGGCCGCUCGCCGAGCUCGAGAAGCCGCGCGCCGACUGGAUCCUCGAGGAGGGCUCGUACACCGUCUUCGGGGACACUUGGUUCGUCAAGGAGACGAUCCCCUCGCUUGCGGAGCUUGGCGGGCACCAGCUGUACCCCGCGGAUCCCAGUGCUGAUCGUAGACCAGCGUUGCUCGGAAUUGUUCGCUCGAUGCUCGUAUCGUACUCCCAGCUUUUGAAUGCGCUGCUGGUCCCGCCGCCUUCACUCACUUCGACCGAGCCUCCGGAAUGGCAGAAAUAUGUCGAAUGGAUUACCGUCCUGGCACAGAACAUCAUGGCUGCUGCAAAUGAUCUUAGACCGGUGCAGGCACGAGCUAGCUUGGAGCUUAUGAUGCAGCGACAACUGGAGCUCCGCAAAGAGGAGACACAAGCAUUAAACUGCAAAUGCGACGAAUUGGAGGCCAAGUUGACCGAGUUGCGCAAUUCCGCCCGAAACGCGUCCUCUCUCAGUACAAAACUGGCGGAGAUGACUCAGUCAUCGCCUUCCACAACUGCUGAGGUUACGGCAGAAGACGUCCUUCGCUGGGCUGAGGAGAUUGGAUAA